AGUUUUAACUUUAUCAUUUUUUUUUAUUCUUGCUGCCCUGGGCAAAUUUUCAGAGGUUCCCAUUUUUGAAAAGUGCAUGAGAAACCCAUGACCACUUUCCCCUUCACCUCAUCUUCUCCUUCUCGCUUCACUGCUUAAAUGUCUUCUCGCCUCUUCUGGCAAGUCAGUUCUAUCGUUGCGAGGCAUUAAGGCCUCUCAUUACAACAUAUAUAUAACCAUUUCAAUUUGUUCAUUCUUCAACUAUUGUUUUUCCUGACAGUUUUUGGCUCAUUCUUUUUCCACUCUGCAUUAAUUUGGGAAGUGGAAACAAGACCAAGAAAUCAGAAGUAACGAACGCCAUGAGUUUUUUAACAGGCCCUCCCAAAAGUUCUUGGCAACCCAUUAUGACUGCAGAUACAACAACGACAGGUUACUGGUUAAAUUGGAGGGUUCUGGUUUGUGCCGCUUGGGUUUUAAUCACAGCCAUGUCUUCAAUAUUUCUUAUAUGGAAAAAUGAAACCUUAAGGAACUCGAGAAGAGGUAGCAGAGAAACCCAGCAACAAGAAACACUAGGAGUUUUGUACGAGGAUGAAACAUGGAGGCCAUGUCUAAAGGGAGUUCACCCUGUCUGGUUGUUGGUCUUUAGAGUUAUCGCGUUUAUUGUGCUUUUGGUUCUGCUCAUCAUCACUGCUGUUACAGACGGAGGAAGCAUUUUCUAUUUUUACACUCAGUGGACAUUUACUUCAAUCACCAUUUAUUUUGGGCUGGGGUCUUUGCUGUCAAUGCAUGGAUGUUACAGACAUCAUAAGAAAGCGAGUGGUGACAAAGUUGAUAAUGUUGAUGGAGAUGCAGAACAGGGCAUUUAUGAUGUUCAUGGACUUUCACAAACCUCUAAUGGCUCUAACCACCAGAAAACCUUAAACCCUCCAGUUGAAGAUCCUGGUCGCCAACCUGCUGGCACUUGGGGCUACAUCUUUCAAAUACUUUUCCAGAUGAAUGCCGGCGCUGUAAUGCUCACAGAUUGCGUAUUUUGGUUCAUAAUUGUUCCGUUUCUAACCAUUAAAGAUUACAACUUGAAUUUUCUGAUUAUCAAUAUGCACAGUGUCAAUGCUGUUUUCCUUCUUGGAGACACGGCUUUAAAUUGCCUGCGAUUCCCCUGGUUCCGAGUAGGGUACUUUUGCAUGUGGACAGUCACAUAUGUGAUUUUCCAGUGGAUUCUUCAUGCUUGCGUUAAGCUCUGGUGGCCAUAUCCAUUUCUUGACUUGUCAUCUUCCUAUGCUCCGCUCUGGUACUGCUCGGUGGCAUUACUUCAUAUUCCCUGCUAUGGAAUCUUCGCUUUGAUAAUAAAGCUGAAACACCAUGUGUUAUCAACGCGGUUCCCUAACUCGUAUCAAUGUAGGAGAUGAGCUGAGUUCAGAAAUAGCCUAGUUUUGAUUUUCUGAAGAAUAUCAAAUUCAGUAGAUAAAAGGAAGGGGGUAGAAUGUAAUCAGCAUUGUUGGAUUCAUACAUCGAACAAAUACAAAGCAAAUAUAUAGUGCUUCUUUUCUUUUUUGGGAAUGAUUAGCUGUGUUGAUCGGGCAACCUGGCUUUACAGAGUCACUUUCUGCUCAGUUGUAAUUACUCAGGCAUUCCAAGAACUCUGAGCAAGUUCUGAAUUCUCAUUCUCUCAAUGGCCCAAAUUGGCAUCAGUAUGCUUGACUAUUCCUCCAUUAUGCAUGUAAGUAACUAGGCUUUCUAGGAAGAAAAACUGAGUUCUGAUUAAACGAUUCUAGAAUUGUCAAAUUAGUUCCAAGAAGAAAUUUGUUGAAUUUUAUUAUUUUUGUGAGAUACUCUGUCUAUCUUGAUCGAAAGUUGAAAUGCAUGUCCCGGUGGAGAAACUCGAGUUCUCUAUUCAAUAAGUGAAAGAAUACAGACAUGAAUUACAUGAACGGG